AUGGAGACGGCUAUCGGUGCUGCCAACUGGCUCGUCGGCAAGGUGUUGGACAAGCUGUCCGACGACUUGGUGGCCGCGUAUUUGGCCAGCACCAAGCUCGGCCACAACUCCGAGAGGGUCAAAUUCCAGCUGGAGCACGUGAAAGGGCUGCUGCAAGCGGCCCAAGAGAGGGACGUGAGCAGGAACCCUGGCCUGAAGAGCUUGCUGGAGCAGCUGAGCAAGAAGGCCGAUGAGGCUGAGGACGCGCUGGAUGAGCUGCACUACUUCCUGAUCCAGGAUCAUCUCGAUGGCACCAAGGAGGCCAUGCCGGAGCCUGGUGAUGGCCUCCGUGCUCGUGCUCUCCAUUCUCGCCAUGCUGCUCGGCACACAUUCGGUAACUGGCUCUCAUGCUUUUCUUGCUCACCUACACAAGAUGAUGUUUCUGCUGCUGCUAGUGUUGUUACCAUCAGCAACCAUCACAAUGCAACCAAGUCUGAUUGCGGUAAUUAUGAUGGUGGCUAUGUUGCAAAGCUGAAAUUCAAUAGAGUGGACAUGUCCAAAAAAAUCACGUCAGUGAUAGAGGGAAUACACGAUCUAUGUGAUCCGGUCUCUGACCUGCUGAAUAAAAUCCCAAACCAUACCACAUCUACCACCGUAAAAAGGCCUCUCACGAGCUCAGUGGCUCCACCAGAUAGGUUGUAUGGGAGGGAUGCCACCUUUGAGAAAACCAUAAGUGCACUCACUGGUAGCAGAUAUCAGAGUGAAACACUUUCUGUUAUGCCUUUUGUCGGCCCUGGGGGUAUAGGAAAGACAACUUUCACCCAACACUUGAGUAAUGAUAAAAGGAUUGAAGAACACUUCAUUGUUAGGGUCUGGGUAUGUGUUUCAAAUGAUUUUGAUGUGCUUAAGCUCACCCAGGAAGUCCUGAGUUGCAUAUGUGAAAAUGGAAAAAAAGAUGAAACCUCCAAUUUGGACAAGCUUCAGAAAUCGAUUGCAGAUGAACUGAAGUCCAAAAGAUUUUUAGUUGUCCUAGAUGAUAUAUGGAGUAUCAAUAGUGAAACCGAGUGGAAGAAAUUAUUGGCCCCAUUCACAAAGGGGGAAACCAAGGGUAGCAUGGUUCUCGUCACAACCCGGUUUCCAUCUAUAGCACAAAAAGUGUGCACAACAGAUAUAGUAGAACUGGAUGGUUUGGAGCCUAAUGACUUCUUGGAAUUAUUUGAAGCAUCUAUAUUUGCUAGUCAUAACAAACCCGGGAACUAUGAUGAUGACUUAAUUGAUGUUGCAAGAGAAAUUGCAAAGAAGCUAAAGGGUUCACCACUAGCAGCCAAUACGGUUGGUCGGUUAUUAAGGAAACACUUUAAUCGGGAAUAUUGGAUAGGAGUUCUUGAAAAGGAUGAGUGGAAAAAUGCAAAAGAUAAGGACGAUAUUAUGCCAUCUCUAAAAAUUAGCUAUGAUUACUUACCUUUUCAUCUGAAAAAAUGUUUUUCGUAUUUUUCCCUCUUUUGUGAAGAUUAUGAGUUUACUCGUUUAGAAAUGACUCAGUUUUGGACUGCCAUAGGUAUCCUAGAUAUUAAUGAUCAAGAAACUAAAAAUUACUUCGAAGAACUACUAGAGAAUGGUUUUCUCAAAAAGGUUGUUAAUCCGUAUAGGGAAUUCUAUGUGAUGCAUGAUUUAUUGCAUGAACUAUCUCGGAAUGUUUCAUAUCAAGAAUGUGCAAAUAUAAGUAGUUUCCCAUUUAGUGUUGCUGACGUCCCACCAUCUAUUCGACACUUGUCAAUCAACUUACAACGUAAAUAUGAUGAAAGUUUUCAGGAAGAAAUGGGUAAACUUAAGCACAUGAUAGACAUUGCAAAUUUGCGUUCGUUGCUGAUUUUCGAAUUACGUGAUGAAAUAGUAGCGAAUAUUUUAAAGGAUACAUUUGAAGAUUUAAAGGCUGUCCGAGUUCUAUAUGUAGCAAUGCAAAAUCCAAAAUCUUUGCCACACAACUUUCCAAACCUUUUGCACCUCCGGUACCUUAAACUCAGUUCAUGCGAUGAUCAUCCUGAAAUGGAUUUACCUAGCACCUUAUCUAGAUUUUACCACUUGAAAUUCCUGGACCUCAAAGAUUGGUAUGGUAGUGAAAAGUUGCCUAAACACAUUAGCCACCUUAUUAAUUUACACUAUUUUCAUUGUAAUCCUGGCGAAGAACUCCAUUCCAAUAUUCCCGAGGUUGGAAAGAUGAAGUAUUUACAUGAGCUGAAAAAGUUCCAUGUUAAGAAAGAGAGUACUGGAUUUGAAUUGAGAGAGCUAGGGGGGUUGAGUGAGCUCAGAGGAGUACUCUGCCUAUGCAAUCUUGAAGCUGUGGCUUCUAAAGGAGAAGCUUGUGCUGCCGAACUGAAGAACAAAAAGAAUUUGAAAGAGCUGCAAUUAGUUUGGAGUACUGCGCAUCAGACCGCAGAUGAUGAUGUUCUUGACGGUCUUCAACCACACCCUAAUCUUAGGGUGCUUGGCAUUAUAAAUCCUGGUGUUGCCCCUUGCCCUAGAUGGUUGUGUGGUGACAUUAGCCCAAAACACUUGGAGUCUCUCCAUCUAGAGGGUAUAUCUUGGGGUACUCUUCCACCUUUUGAGCAUCUACCACACCUCUCCAACCUCGUUUUGAGUAAUAUUGCUAGGAUGAGUGUCUUCGGGCCUCUCUUUAAUGGCAUUACAGAUAAAAGUUUCAUGAAGUUGAAGAAAAUUGAGUUUGAGAACAUGAGGGAACUUGUGGAGUGGGUCGGUGAACCUAAUAGCCAUUUCUUUUCAAGGCUUGAAAGUAUUGGAUUUAGAAAUUGCCCCUUGCUCUCCAGGUUUCCCUUCAUGGAGUGCUCUGAGCGUUUUACCAACUUGCUUAGCCUUGCUAUUGUUGCGUGCCCCAAGAUUUCUCAGCUCCCCCCCAUGCCCCACACCUCCACAAUGGAAAAUAUUACUGUGUCAAAUGGCCAGGCAAAAGUUAUGGCAGAACUGACAUAUUUUGGAACAUCUUUGUAUAUUGAUGGGUAUAAUGAUGAGUUGGCUUUCCACAACAUGGAUAAAAUAGAGGAUCUGCAUAUUUUGGAUGCAUCGAAAAUUUCGAUGUUACACCUCCAAAAGCUAAACUCACUGAGAAGUGUACAUGUCAGAAAAUACAGAAGCAUGUUCUCUGUAGAACUCGAUGCUAGUGUUACCCUGCAUUCAGUCCAGAAACUUCACCUAGCUGAAUUAAGUAUUACAGAGGAAGUGUUUUCAAUGGUGUUUAGGUGUUUUCCAGCUCUUUGUCAGCUUAGCAUCAGCAAAUGUGAAAUCUUGGAGCUUUUGCAUGUGGAGGAUGAUGAAGAACCAUGUAACCCCACCAUACACCAAUCAUUUGCUGCAUCGUCAGUGUUGUCUCAGGAGUCCAUGGGAAGCGGUAACACCAUCAAACCUUUCCCAUCUUCCAUCAAGGAACUUGGGAUUUACGAGGUCUCUGGCUUUAAGUCAAUGGCCCUACUCUCCAACCUCACAUCCCUUACCAGUCUAUGCCUGAUAGAUUGUGAAGAAUUAACGAUGGAUGGAUUCAAUCCUCUCAUCAUAGUCAACCUCAAGAAACUGUAUGUCUUCAACCAGACUUCAGCCAAACAGAAGAUCUCAAUAGCAGGGGAUUUGUUGUCAGAGGUAGCAAGGAGUGGAUUAAUGCAGGAAGGAUCAUUCAAAUUGGAAAAACUGGAGGUGGAUAGCAUCUCGGGGGCUCUUGUUGCUCCCAUUUGCAGCCACCUUGCUUCAACCCUCCGUUUAUUAAUGUUCAGUCAUGAUAUGCGAGCGGAGUCCUUCACGGAAGGGCAAGAGCAGGCGCUUCAGUUCCUUACCUCCCUCGAGUUUCUGAGGUUUAUAGAAUGCCGUCAUCUGAAGUCCCUCCCAAGGUGUAAUCGCCUUUCUUCUCUCACGCAAUUGGUGUUCCGUGAGUGUGCAAUCCAAUCGCUGCCACCCAAGGAGGACCUGCCCGCUUCACUGCAGAGCCUACGUUCCAUAAAUUCUAGUCCUAAGCUAAAAGAGACCAUGAAGAAGUUGCAACGAACAGACCCAUACUUCUCAACAAUAGUAUAUGUGUGA